UCUCUCUCAUGAUGCAUUUGCUUGCUCUUCUGCUGUGUGUUCUUCUGGAGUUCCUCUUGGUGAGCUGUCAGGAUCUGAUACAGGGCCGUGUCGUAGGUGGAUAUAUCCCUUCGCCUUACUCCAUCAAGUACAUUGUGUCAAUACAGAGCGCUGCGGGACAGCACUUCUGUGGCGGGACUUUAAUUAACAAAUACUGGGUGCUGACCGCAGCACACUGCAAUAUAGGGGCGGCAAACAUGAGAAUUGUGGCUGGAGAUUACUCUGUGGGUGUAUACGAGGGCACGGAACAGUUCUGCAGACCUCUGCUUUUAAUUCCUCAUCCACAGUACAACAAAGCCACCUACAAUGCAGACAUCAUGCUCAUUAAGCUGCAGACUCAAGUCUAUCUGAACAGCUACGUGUCUCUGGCUCCGUUGCCCCGUCAGGACUCAGUGGUGUCCAUGGGUCGUGUGUGCCGGGUGUCCGGCUGGGGCUUCACCACUCCAACUGGGGGAAUCCCUCAAACCCUACGGACCGUCAAGCUACCAAUAGUGUCCACUGCCGUGUGUAACAGCACUGAGUCUUUUAACGGCAACAUCACUGAGAAUAUGAUCUGUGCUGGAUACAGCGCAGGAGGAAAAGACGCAUGUAAGGGGGAUUCUGGGGGACCGCUGGUAUGUGAGGGUCGCAUCUACGGUAUCGUCUCCUGGGGCAACGGCUGUGCUGAUGCCCAGUAUCCAGGCGUCUAUACCUCCGUCUCAAGGUUCCGGCAAUGGAUCGAUAGGACUAUAUUUGGUUUUUAUGGAAGGUGCCUCAAGUAAGAGACUAAAGUGUUAUUCCAACACUCCCCUAAUUGAACUUGAAACAGCCUUGAAACCUGCC